AUUCCAUCCUCCCCAUCCUUCCCAGCAGGGUCCUGCCAUGGCCGAGCUGGCAGGACGCGGUGCCGGCUGUGCCCGGGCUGGGAGCCCUGUCCCACGGGAAGAGGAGCCCUGCAGCAGCUCCAGCUCCGUCUGCACCGAGGACUUGGCUGCCAGCUUUUGGGAGGCGAUGGUGGAGCCGCUGCUGUGCCAGCAGGAGCCUGCCGGGGGUGUCCCCAGGGCAGGAGCUCACCCUGGGCAGGACGAGCCCUUGUUCCCCGCAGGGAGAAGCCCGGACACGGCCAUGGAGCCCAGCAGAGCCCCCCGGCAGGACAGCUCUGCAUCCCGGAGCAGCCUGGAGUCCCUGGGAGCCAGGAUCUCCCGCCUGAGCCUGAGCCAGAGCCAUGGCGGGGUGUCCCGGCCGGGCCCCCCUGCCCAGGCAGCCCUGGCACACGGGGACGGUGCCCGUGGGGAGCUGCUGGGCACAGCUGGGCACCCCUGGAUCGCUGCAGGGAUGGCUGCUGGCAGGAGCAGGGCCGGGGCAGGGACAGGAGCUCCUGGCAGCAGCGCUCCCAGGGCCAGCAGGGCCACAGCCAGGGGACAUCCCGCCCUCUGGGGACAUGGAAGGAAUGUCACCUUCAGUGUGGCUGCCGUGGACAGGGAAGGAGCCGCCAGCAGCAGGAGUGCUGGCACAUUCGUGGGAGUUCCCCGGCCAUGGAGGUCACCGUUGUCCCCAGGGCUGCGAGGGGACCAGAAAGGGGAGCUGCCCUGCAAGCAAGGCCGCGAUCCUGCCCUGAGCCCUCCGGGGCUGUGGGGUGGCCCCGGGCAGCCCAGGGUGACUCCGCUGGUCCUGCAGAGGCUGCGGGAGCUGGAGCGGGGCAGCCGCCACCUCCUGCGGCAGCGGCUGCGGGUCCUGCACCGCCUGCAGGGGCUGCUCCAGAGGGACCGGGCCCAGAGCCUGCGGCUGCUCCGGGAGGCCAUGGAACAGGAACCGCCUGGUAGCAGCGCCCGGUGGGAGCAUCGCCCGAGCCGGGCCGGGGGCUCCGUGGCCCUGGGGAACUCCCCGGUGGCCCUGAGGAACGCCCCGGUGGCUUUCCGGGGACAUGGCCCCCGGCCUGGCACUGCCCUGGCACCGGGCCCCUCGCCGGCAGCCCUCAGCCGCGCUCUCCACGUCCUGCGGGAGCUCCGGCAGCAAAUCCAGCGGCGCCUCGGGCAGUGGCAGGGCCUGGAGGGAGCCCUGGGAGUCGCCGGGCAGAGGAACGAGGUGAUUUAG